AAGGCGCGUCAAGGUGGUAUAUUACAAAAAUGCCGCAAGUUUUCCACGUACUGCAGUGCUUUUCCUGCCGGAUGUUUCAAGUUCACCAAGUGAAGAAAAUCAAUAAGUGGGCGUGCAAAUUAUGUGGUCAAAAGCAAUCAGUUAUUAAGGUGUUUGGGGAAGGAUCGGGAGCUGACUGCAGGAAACAUGUCCAAAAGUUAAACAUGGUGAGAAGCCAGGUGGACACUGCUGACCAAGAGAACUGGACGUCAGCUGCAAAGAUCACCAGUGAUGAAGUUGACUGGAAUGAAAAUAUUUCAACAGUGUCUGAGUACCUACAAGUCGGUUCAUCAGCUGGUGUAGCAGAGAGCAAGUGGGGGAAAUAUGUGACUGAGGAAGACCAGGAAGUUCAACCAGGAAGCGACAUGGAGGAGGAGGAUGUCACUGUUUACACCACAAGUGUGCAGAAGUUCAAACAGACAGCUAGAGGACAUUAUGAUAGAAAGCAGAGGGGGAGGAAAUACAAGGAUACCAGACAUCACCCCUAUCAGAGUAACAAAAGAGGGCUCCAGUAUACAGAUACAGGGGAGUCAUAUUCAAGACAAGACCCAUUCUACCCCAGCGAAUUGAUAGACACACAGCCCAGUACAGCUAACAGGAGUGGUAUAAUUUCAGAAAGAGGCAGUGAAUCUUAUACAGCUGAGAAUAGUAGACAUUUAAAUAUGCAAGACCAUAUGAAUGGCACACUGAAUCCUGACCACAAUGGUCGAAUGUCCAGUUGGGCUAGGUUUCCAAAACCUUCUUCUCCUCUUAUGUGUACAAGUAAGUCAACCAAUGUUGUGUCCAGUGAGAGUGGACUUAGUGGCACAGGGACCAGAGCUGGACAGUCAAAGUGGACACAAUUCAUUGACCAAGACGUGGCCAGAGAUGAAGGCAGUUCUGGUGAUGGUUAUAGUGAAGUUCAAAAUGAUGAGGGGUAUGGUGAAGAUACUUGUAAUGUUGAUUAUAAAGAAAAUAUUUCAGGAAUUGAUAUCCACGGUUUUGGACAUUUUGUAGAUAACAGCAGGAGUAAUAAAAGCCAGCCAUCUUUACAUACAAGAAUAGCCUCUGAUAAAAUGUAUUAUCAGAACGAGCAGUCACAAAAUGGUGAUGCAGUCUGUAGACAGACAUUUGGGAAAGAAGUACAUUCUGAGUCAAUUUUUGAUAAAAGGACAGAUAAAAAAAGGAUUGCCUCGUCAGCUGAUGUAGACACAACUAUACUAAAGGAUGAUGUCAUUUUUAGUAGAUUAAAUGUAGCUUCUGAGAAAUCACAUUUAAUUCCUUUAAUAAGAACACCUCAAACUGUAGGUGGCAGCACCUGCACUGUUAUGUCAACUGUAGGAGGCAGCACCUGUACUGUUAUGUCAAAGUCUAUGUGUACAAGUAAGGAGCAAUCAAAAUGGACGUCUGUCA